CUGAAUAGUUAUUUUUUUAUUAAAAUUGGAUGAUUAUUUAAUUAUAAAUGAAUAAAUGUUGUAUUGUAUAUGUAGUAAAUAAUAUAAUUCAUAAGUUUGAUUUUUUUUUUCAAGAUAAAGAUUGGUGGUGUGAAAUUAGAAGUAUUCUAAUCUUAAAAAAAAAAGUAUUCUUAUUUCCCAAACUAAUUUAAAAAUACUUGAUACACGGGCCUCUAUCCUAGAUAUCGAUAAUCGGACAAGCUGCGGAAUCAAUGGCAAGUAGCCCUGCGAACAGAGGAGGGGAAGAAGCAGAAGAAGCUAAGCGAUUAGUCGCCGCCGCCGCCGGAACCCCAAAGGCCGGCGAGAGAAUAAUCGCCCCGACCCGAAGACCCGACGGCACUCUCCGCAAGCCCAUCCGAAUUAAGGCUGGAUACGUCCCUCAAGAUGAAGUCGCCAUUUACAAAUCCAAAGGCGCCCUCUGGAAGAAGGAAAUGGAGGCAUUGAAGGAAGUGCCGCCGGGGUAUGACCCUGCAAUGGAUGCCCCAAAAGCCAAGUCCAAAGCAGCCAAGCGGAACGAAAGGAAGAAAGAAAAGCGCCUCCAGGCUGCCCGCGAAAAGGGAGAUGAAAUUGAAGUUAAUGACGUUUGUUCUGCCGAAAAUCAAAACCACACGUCAAAUAAUAUGGAAACUGUUGCAGCCAAGAUGAAUGAGCUUGUCAUCUAUUCAAAUCAUGUUGACCUCCCGCCAAAUUCAAAUGAAUGUUCAACAUCAGAGGAUCAUCUUCAGGACAUUGAUAAGAAGAUCCGAGCUCUCAAAAAGAAGAUUCGGCUUACAGAAACCCAACAACAGAAAACACAUGAAAAGGACAUGAAGCCGGAGCAACUGGAGAAGAUGGCUAAAUUAGAAGGUUGGCACGCCGAAUUGAAGCUCUUGGAGGGUAAAAAGGCUGAACUCGUACAAGCCUUGGCCGCUUGAACGGACCUUUCCUCUCUUUCUUUUCUUUAGGGCAAUUGAACUUGCAGAUUUAUCUUUGUAGGAUGUGUUGUUUUCAAUGAAAUUGUUACUACUACUCUUGGUUUCAUCAUUGCUUCUCAUCCACUAGCUUGUGAGCUAAAAAACCAACCUAAGCCUAUCUGUGUUCCUACUAUUAGAAGCAAUUUUGAUUUUGGAUUCUACACGUUAUAAGCAAUUUUGAUUUUGGAAGCAGCAAUUUUGAUUUUGGAAGUAGAGUAAAUGAUUAAUUUAUUU